GGACGUUGACGUCGCAUUUCAUCAUCCAAAAAAUCAUUGUCAAAUUCAGACUACACUUUCCAUCUGAUACCUGUAAAGAGUAGAUGUAUUGCUAAUUUAAUGAUUUAAUGAAAAGAGUUCAUGUUCUUGUUCGUGAAAGUUAUCAGUGAAGAAUAAGUGAGAAAUCUAUCGUUGUAAUUAGCCGAAUUUCAAGAAUCAACAGAAUAACUAUGUACGUAAAGCUAAUUCUAUGCGACGAUUGCCACGGUCCUUUGAUGGAACCUGGGCCUCACUCAACUGGAAAAGAGGACCCAGCCCAUGUCACGGUUUGCACGCACGUAUACCAUUGGGCGUGCAUACACCAUUUGUUUUUGCAAGCUCCCAACAUCGAGCACGUGACAUGCAAACACCCCGGAUGCCAAAGGAAGCUCUCUCGAUUCGAAUUCGUAAAAUUGGACGCACCGACUCGAAUUCAGACGUUCCAGCCCCCUCCAGACACCGAAGGAAUGACGGCGCUACAGAAAACACUCAGCGAACAUCAACAGGGAAUCUUGAUCCAGAAAGAGCUGAUUAAAAAACUCCAGCAGAAAAAUUUAUUGCUGUCUGAAGAACUGAAGGCGAACGUAUCGGCGCACGAAAGCACCAAAAACGAACUGAAGGAGCUCGAAUCCAGAUACAAUUUGUUCAUGGAUCAAAAGUUGAACCAGUACCUUGAAAGCUCGACGAAUUCAACCCCAUCGUUGUCUCCAAUCGCGUCAAAUUCAAAAAUUCCACCUUUAAUGGAACUUGAGACCUCAUCUUUCUUCGGAUCCGUUGAAUUCGAUUUAACCAGAGAAUCGUCUCGAGGUCAAAUGAAUGUCGACCAGUCAGCGAUUGAAUCGAUGGACGUAGUAAUAGCACCGGCGACAAACACCCCAAUAAUCGAGUAUUCAUCACCACUACAUCAGAAUCAGAUCUACCCAGCUCCAGCAUACCAGCACGAAGCGUUCAGACCGUAUGCAGGAAUCCGACGCGGGGUCAGCGAAAGAAGGAUCUAUCCAACAUUUCACAACGUACCAGAGCCCCAACCGGAGAAGAAAAAUUUAACAGCUGAAUGCCCUAGAUAUCACAAGAAAUAUCUUGCACGAUUCGGUACAUCAUCUGCCGAAUUAUCGCCGUUCUAUCCCAUCAACGCCUACCCUUUUCACUUCACCGCAGCAGGUCGCAAAGAUCCGAAUGGCGAUAUACACGUAGUAUUCUUCAUGAAUAAAGCCCUUAUGAUAGGGGACGGACACGUGUACGCGAUGGCGGAAUGCAUGGCUGAUGAAAAACCCUUCAAAAAGUACGUCGACUGGUGUGCAUAUAGACGAGACUUCUUGGCGUCGGACCUCCUACUCGCACUUGAACAACUACUCCAGUUGCCAAAGAAAUUAAUGAUCUCAAUUGGCAAUUUUGACGUGGUAUGUAAAACAACUUACUCGGACUUUUGCGACCAAAUGAUGAAGAUCGCUCGUCUCUUGAAGGGAAGAAAAGUGGAAGAAUUAUUUAUUCUACCUCUGUUGAAGGUUUCUUCGCAAUACCAAUCAGCGUUCGACCAAAUCAACAUGGGAUUGCAACACGAUUGGGGAAUGAUUGCUGGAGGUAAGACGACGCGAUUGGAUGAGUAUUUCAAAUGUCUCGACGCGAUACCAACAGCGAGGGAUGAAUUUGGUCCGUAUCAUAACGUGAAAAGAUACGAAACCAUCUUAGACAAGGUGGCUGAAAUCUACAUUCCGCUACCUGUGAAGUUACAAGCGAAAUUGAAACGGGGUAUUACAUUACAACCACCUAGUAAGGACAGGCGACGAAUUGAAGCCCUAAGAGCUAAAGAAGCACUCGAUAAAAAACGAACGAUGUCUGUUCAACCCUCAGUAAAAGAUGAAGAAAUGAACGUCAACGAAAAUCCAUCGACAGCUGAAACAUUUACGCCGGAGCAGAAGGCUGAAAUAGAUCGUAUCAAGAAAAGAAACGAAGAAAUCGAAAGAAGAGUCGUCGAAAAAGUGAAACAAGGCAACACAGAUGACCGCCAUCUUAGGGCCUCAAUCAUCUCCGAAAUCGCACUCGAAGAGGCGAAUAAGCCAGAAAUCAACUUGGGGGCAAAACGGCAAAAAAUAUUCGACGAGCAUGCCCAGUCCUAGAGUGAGGAAAUGAAAAACGUAGAGAAAUCCAACGAAGUGACAGCCGCACCAUCUAAUAAAAAUCCAAAGGCUCCAGAUGUUCAACUACCGGUAGAUCAAGUUGACCUCAUCUCCAGUGACGAGCAGAAAAAAUCGACCUAACAGUUCGAAAAUUUCAACGUUCACACAAAAUCAAGAAUUGAACAGAGUUUUUCCUUAAAACAUGUCUUUUUAUUUAUACCAACUUGUUUUUGUUUUUUUUUUAAUUUUCAGUCAGUUUUGCAUUUUUAUUUUUUAUUAGAAAAAAAAACGAUGAAAAUAGAAAAUUUUCAGUUUGUUUAUUUUAAAGAAAAAAAAUUGUUUGUUUUGUUGUUUUAUAAAAAAAUAAAAGAAGUUUCUCCGAA